AUUAGGAGAAGCGGCGGCCGAAAUCUACAAGGGCACGCUCUUUAAUUCGGAGACACCUCGCAGAUCAGAACUCAGGGCGAGAUCGGAGGGAACCUAGCGCCGAGAGGGAAGACAGUCUCCAGCUAAGCGAAGAGGAAGCUUCUGAUCGUUAAACUUCGGGAAAUUUAACCAUGUUGAAAAUCUGGGCAGUGAUUACCGUGUUGGUGAUCUUCACCUGGGACGUCUCCUCAGCCAAGACGCAACAAGGCUCUAACAGGAGCAACCUAAAUGAACUGGAGGGUUCUGGUUCCCUAGAUCCAAGCCUGCACCCCGACGACAUCAGCGAACAUGGUUCUGGCUCGGGAGAUUUUGCGGACAAUGAUGAAUUUGAUCCAAGUGAUGAGGACGACGAAGAAACCAACAAUCACAUCAAUGAGAGCGUUGAUGAAUUUCAGUCCACAAACGAUCAUGUUUUGGGCAAUGAGGUGGUCCCAGAGAAAACUAGACAUUCAAACAAAGACAUUGACAACAGAGUUGCCUUGGCCAGCACCAACAACGGCAACGGCAUGUUUGCAAGCACAGAGAUGCUAGCAGCAAUGAUCGCUGGUGGUACCAUCGGCCUCCUGUUCGCCAUCCUCCUCAUCCUGCUACUUGUCUACCGCAUGAGGAAGAAGGACGAGGGCAGUUACGACUUGAGCAAGAAGCCCAUCUACAAGAAGGCCCCCACCACAGAAUUCUAUGCAUAAACCUUAGCAGGAACUUCAGAAUGACAGACUUUAUAUUCUCUCCAGAGCUUCCGCCUUACCAAGAAAAAAGUGGAGCAAUAUUUGCAGCUAGUUUAAAGCCUCUGCUAGUCUUUAAUAUUACACAUGGAGAAAGUAAAGAAACCCACUUAACUGGGAAAAUACGUCCAUCCCAGAUUUUAAGAACAUUUUAUAAAGGGCAAGGCUGGAAAACAAACUCUGGCCUCACUGUUUUUGUCCAUAAUAUGUAUUUCUGCCAAGGUUUGUUGAGGAGGAGGCGAAGAAAGAUUUCACUGUCCUUACAUUUCCAUUUUUAAGUUUAUUUUCCUUGCAGUCUUCCUCAGGCAGGUAGUUCUGUGAGUUAUCCCGCAGACCAGCUGUCUCAAACACUAAUCAGCCAAAAUGCAGCAUCUCUUUUCAAGAACCACAGUUGUUUCCUACUAGAACUUUCAAACAUUGGACUGCUUCGAGAGUUUCUUUCCCUAUGUGGGGAAUUGUUUUCUGUUCCCUUCUGCACGCACUGUGUGCUUUCUCCUCCUCCCCAAAACUGCAAAAGAAAAUUGAGUUUUAUUGAAUUGUUUUCACAUGCUUAAUCAUAGUACAAUUUUGUUGUAUUUUACUAGAAUACUACACUCAUUGGCAAAAUCUUUGUAGAAUUGGUUAUAACCAAUUUCAGCUUUAAAAAAAUGAAUUCAAUAUUUCUCUCUUUCAGUGUGGCUUUGCUUAUUAAAAACUUUUGUACAGAUGACUAAAUUCUAGGACAAUGUAUCUAAUUGCCAUUUCAUUUUCUAUGCAAUGUACCUAUUGAUAGAUGCUCAUUACUGGGGCCAUUUCCUUAAAUUGGUGCAUCACAAGAUAGCAUGGGUCAGAGAUGGAGGUGAGAAUAACUUUUAUAGGUGGAAAUGGAACCUUCUCUCAGGAGAAAAGUUUGGAUGAAAGACCUUUUUUGCUGGUGAGGGAGAAAGCUUGUCAGUACAUCAUAGAUUCAAUUUUUAACUACUGAAUCUGACCAAGAUUCUUGUUGCUAGGAGACCAAACUGUUUUUUUUAAAAAAAUGUACAAAAGAGAGCCACAUCAAUUUGUGCUCCUAUUCCCCAUGUACUAGAGGUCAUUGUAAUGGAAAUCCUUUUGAGGAUGUUUUGUACACUAAGCUCACUCAAGUAGUCAAUCACUAAAUCUCACUCUGAACUCUGGUACUGUAAAGGCCUUGGACUUUAACAUUUUAAAUUAAAUUGGCAGACAUGAAAUCUAGCUGGGUUUAUCCCUCAAUCUUGAGACUAACAUUCUGUGACAAUCAAAAUGAAUCAGUAAAGAGAGCCUUGCAGAAACAAAGGUUUUAACUAUGUCCCUGGUGGCUUGGCAGAUGAGAAAACCUUGGCCCUAGACUAAACCAAUUCUUCCUAUGCCUCAGUGUAUGAGUAAAUAUGUAGACUGCAGAGAUGGGAAAGCAAUUUGUGAGUUAAAUUAUUUUGUGAAUCAUUUCUGUUUGGUCCAAUGUGUUAAAUGUUUUCUCGUUGAAUAAUGCCAUUCAUGCUGUCUUGUUCUUUUUACUUUGAAAGAAUUUUGGUCCUUAAGUUCCAAUUCUGUUUGCUCAAAGCCAAGUGCAUUGUGUAGUUGGGACCAGUCCAUUUGAGACUGGAUAUUUUUGAGGGAGAUCAUUGUCUUUAAACAACUUUUAUGCCUUCUGAAUUCCUUGUAAGAAUAUUGUAGCUAUAUCCACAAUCAGCUAUCAAACAUUUAUUCAGGAGAAUUGCAAACCUGGGGACCAGAUAGUUAGGGGUUAUAAUAAAUGGGAACAGAAGAUGCAAUGAUACCUAUUUCUGCUAAAGUACCCCUUUUUGAGGGGAUUUAGGCCUUCACCAAAUUGUUGGGGUGGUGGGGAAGGAAAGGGAAAUAAUCCCAUUCUGAAAUGUUUGUAGUGCCCUUUGAAUAUCAUUCUUAACUCAAUCAGGUUCCUGGGUGGUGGCAAAAUGAAGGACUACAAAUGCUGGAUUCUUGUGUAUAUGUCUCAAGCUAGUGUGGUGAAAUGAUUCUGAUUGAAAUGAGAUCCACCAGCUGGGUACUGGCCAUGGUAUUUCUUGCCUUCAACUUGCUCCACAGAGCAAGCUUUAUCAAGCAGGAGGUAGGGAGGGUGGAUAAUUGUAGGUUCCACGUGUAUCUGCUCACUAGACUCAAUCUUUUUGUCUAGAGAUUGGGAUGGGAUUUAUUCUCUGCAGGGUAUCAAUUAUCAAUGAGAUGUACUCUAUUUCCAUCCCCUUUAAUGGAACUAACUUUACAAUGUGUAGCCAUGUUAUAAUUAAUGCAUCACAGGAACUAUCUGACAUCCCAUUCAGUGCCACCAUGUUCAGCUAAGCCAACACUAUUUCUUUGUAUUGUCUGACCAAGAGAAAGUAGGGCAGCCUCGAACUGUAAUCCCAUUGUUUUGCACCUUUUUAUACCGCCCAGUAAGUAGGGUUGAACUGCUUUUAAAAUAUAAAAAAAACUUAUCUCUGCUUUGUGAAACUCCUUUUGCAAAGUGCUCAUGUACUGACUUUAGUAUUCAAAGUAUGCCCAGGUACAAGUAAAAAAUAUAAAAUAUAAUUUUUGGUUUUUCAAUAAAACUAUUUUGGUACAUAAAAUUUGAUUCUUUGGAUCUAUGUUGGUGUAAAUAUUAAUGGUGGCAUUCUUAAUGGCACUUGGUAUGGGAGAGGAGGGAUUUUAUAAACUAGGGGUGUACCUUGGAUGAAGUCUGUGGGUCCAACCCACACUGAAAUUCAACCCAAACUAUAACAGGAGUGAGAUGGUGGGGCAUUUCUUAUCUUUGACUUUGAAGUCCAGCUUCAUUCUGUGUGCUAGCUUUUGUGUUUAACCUCAGGGUCUGAAAAGCUCUGGUGUCUGAGAGGGCUGGGAGUGGGGGUUUCUAACCUGGUGUCCAUGGACCCAUUGCUUAAUAGUCGGGGACUAGGACCUUUUUUUAAAAAAGGUUGGGGAACCCCCUGGUUUAAAGCUUCCUGUACUUCAGUACAUGGCAGCCUGGUUUCUGGAGUUGGGGAAAGGUUUUAGAAUCAAGUCCGGUCAGGAGACUUCCUUGGACUAGGAGCAUAUGUGCCACAUGAGUGAAACGGGUGGAGAGGGAAGGAGGUUUCCUUCCACUGCUGCCGUUCCAUAGAGAACCAUCACCUUUUCCCUUUGGUUCAGGGUGGGGUGUGCAGGUGGUAGAGAAUGUGCCACCAUUUAGUCUGUUGUGAUGGAUACAUUACUUGACUGCUGGCAAAAUAUGGUACCAAUGAGUGAUGUGUUCCAAGUUAAGAUUGUUGCUACUCUGAAUACUGGUAUUCUUGUGUGCAGUGCCUGUACUGGUCGGGGUCUUCCAUUCAGUAAGACCCAGUGCCAGCAAUAAACUUUGAGGGAGCUUUUACCUGUUGACCUGCCUGGUGAGAGACUGGGUUAGUUGGAGCACUACUUUCAUACCUGGUCUGGUGGUACUGUUGGAUUCCAUGUAGUAGUACUACCAGACCAGUUUUCCAAAUUGGGUUAAAAUUGCUCCCUCAAAGUUGCAUACUGUGUCUUAACACCAGUGGGAAAAGCUGUAACUUGUCUUCUGUUAACUAAUUUUAUCUAAGGAUUGAAAUGAUUUUUGCUAUUUUCAGAUCUGUAUAUAUUCAUGUGUUUUAAUUCUAUUUCCAGAUUUAUUAUGUAUGUAUAAAUAAACCUAUCUUUACACAGG